AGAUGGAGGUGGACGCUGAGGAGAAGCGUCAUCGCACGCGGUCCAAAGGGGUUCGAGUUCCCGUGGAACCAGCCAUUCAGGAGCUGUUCAGCUGCCCCACUCCCGGCUGUGAUGGCAGUGGCCACGUCAGUGGCAAAUACGCAAGACACAGAAGCGUAUACGGUUGCCCCCUGGCCAAAAAGAGGAAGACGCAGGACAAGCAGCCCCAGGAGCCCGCCCCCAAGCGGAAGCCGCUGGCAGUGAAGGCGGACAGCUCCUCGGCGGAGGAGUGCUACGACAGCGACGGGUCCGAGGACCUGGACGAGGAGGACGAGGACUCCGAGGACGCGGAGGACGAGGAGGUGGACCGGGAGGAGGAGGAGGACGCGGACGAGGACGAGGACGACGACGAGGACGACGAGGACGACGAGGACGACGACGAGGAAAACGAAGACCAUCAGAUGAACUGUCACAAUACUCGAAUAGCGCAGGACCUGGAAAAGGGCGAAGCCAAUACGGACGAGUACGACAACUAUGAUGAGCUCGUGGCCAAGUCCCUGCUGAACCUCGGCAAGAUCGCCGAGGACGCGGCCUACCGGGCCAGGACCGAGUCGGAGAUGAACAGCAACACGUCCAACAGCCUGGAGGACGACAGCGACAAGAGCGAGAGCCUGGGCCGCAAGGGCGAGCUGAGUCUGGACCUGGACAGCGACGUGGUCCGGGAGACCGUGGACUCCCUCAAGCUGCUGGCGCAGGGACACGGAGUGGUGCUCGCAGAAAACGCGAUCGACAGGGGGUACGCGGACAUGCCGGCGCAGCAGGACGGCCGGGGCCUGAACUACCUGAUGCUGGGCAAGCCGGCCAACAACGGGCUGGCCGAGAAGGCGGUGGAGGCCAGCGACGAGGAGGUGUGCCUCAGCAGCCUAGAGUGUCUGCGCAGCCAGUGCUCCGACCUGGCCCGCCGGCUGAGCGAGGCCAGCCCGCAGGAGCGCAGCCCGCAGCCAGGCAGCGGCGGUCGCCCGCUCGGCCGGCAGGACGACGCCGCCCCGGGCCGGACGCCGGGCAGGAACUACUCGGACAUGAACGAAACAACAGAAAAAACCAUUCCCUAUUGGAAAAGAGGAGACGCCUCAGGCAUCCGGAUCCCCACCUCCAUCGAUUUCCUCCUCUUCCGAGAAGACCAUCAGAUGAACUGUCACAAUACUCGAAUAGCGCAGGACCUGGAAAAGGGCGAAGCCAAUACGGACGAGUACGACAACUAUGAUGAGCUCGUGGCCAAGUCCCUGCUGAACCUCGGCAAGAUCGCCGAGGACGCGGCCUACCGGGCCAGGACCGAGUCGGAGAUGAACAGCAACACGUCCAACAGCCUGGAGGACGACAGCGACAAGAGCGAGAGCCUGGGCCGCAAGGGCGAGCUGAGUCUGGACCUGGACAGCGACGUGGUCCGGGAGACCGUGGACUCCCUCAAGCUGCUGGCGCAGGGACACGGAGUGGUGCUCGCAGAAAACGCGAUCGACAGGGGGUACGCGGACAUGCCGGCGCAGCAGGACGGCCGGGGCCUGAACUACCUGAUGCUGGGCAAGCCGGCCAACAACGGGCUGGCCGAGAAGGCGGUGGAGGCCAGCGACGAGGAGGUGUGCCUCAGCAGCCUAGAGUGUCUGCGCAGCCAGUGCUCCGACCUGGCCCGCCGGCUGAGCGAGGCCAGCCCGCAGGAGCGCAGCCCGCAGCCAGGCAGCGGCGGUCGCCCGCUCGGCCGGCAGGACGACGCCGCCCCGGGCCGGACGCCGGGCAGGAACUACUCGGACAUGAUGAACCUCAUGCGGCUGGAGGAGCAGCUGAGCCCCCGCUCGAGGGCCUUCUCCAGCUGCGCCCAGGAGGACGGGUACCUCGAGAGAGACGCGGACACCACCUCCGUGGCCUCGGACAGGUCGGAGGAAGUGUUCGACAUGACCAAGGGGAACCUGACGCUCCUGGAGAAGGCCAUUGCCCUGGAAACAGAGCGAGCAAAGGCCAUGAGGGAGAAGAUGGCGGUGGAGGCCGGGCGGCGGGACAGCGCGAGGCCCUAUGAGGAGCAGUCGCCGAGGCAGCUCCCUGGGGAGGAGAGGAAGCCCAAGCCCAGCGACAGCCAUGCCAAAAAGCCAUACUAUGAUCCCUCGAGAGCAGAAAAGAAAGAGAGCAAGUGUCCAACCCCAGGGUGUGAUGGAACUGGCCACGUUACCGGGCUUUAUCCGCAUCAUCGCAGUUUGUCCGGGUGCCCGCACAAAGAUAGGGUCCCUCCAGAAAUUCUUGCCAUGCAUGAAAAUGUUCUCAAGUGUCCUACUCCGGGCUGCACAGGGCGAGGGCAUGUAAAUAGCAACAGGAACUCACACAGAAGGCCAAUGUGCUUUGUGAAGCAGCUCGAGAUCCCUCACUACGGCUACAGAAACAACGUCCCCACCACCACGCCUCGCUCCAACCUGGCCAAAGAGCUGGAGAAAUAUUCCAAGACUUCGUUCGAAUACAACAGUUACGACGGCCAUACUUAUGGCAAGCGGGCCAUAGCCCCCAAGGUGCAAAGCAGGGAUAUAUCCCCCAAAGGAUAUGAUGCGAAGCGGCUCUGCAAGAGCAGCCCGAGCAGCGGGAGCAGCAGCUACGCGCCCAGCAGCAGCGGCCUGAGCUGCGGCGGCGGGAGCAGCGCGAGCAGCACGUGCAGCAAGAGCAGCUUCGACUACGCGCACGACGUGGAGGCGGCGCACAUGGCGGCCGCCGCCAUCCUCAACCUCUCCACGCGCUGCCGCGAGAUGCCGCAUAACCUGUCCACCAAGCCGCAGGACCUGUGCGCCGCGCGGAACCCUGACAUGGAGGUGGAUGAGAACGGGACUCUGGACCUCAGCAUGAACAAGCAGCGGCCGAGAGAGGGCUGCUGCCCCAUCCUGACCCCCUUGGAGCCCAUGUCCCCCCAGCAGCAGGCGGUGAUGAACAACCGCUGUUUCCAGCUGAGCGAAGGAGACUGCUGGGACCUGCCUGUCGACUACACCAAGAUGAAGCCCCACAGGGCCGACGACGACGGCUCUGAGGAAAUCACCCCGGAGGACCUGGAUCCAUUCCAGGAGGCCCUGGAAGAAAGAAGGUACCCAGGAGAGGUGACGAUCCCAAGCCCCAAGCCCAAGUACCCCCAGUGCAAGGAGAGCAAAAAGGACUUAAUAACUCUGUCGGGCUGCCCACUGGCUGACAAAAGCAUUCGAAGUAUGCUGGCCACCAGCUCCCAAGAGCUCAAAUGUCCCACCCCUGGCUGUGAUGGCUCUGGGCACAUUACUGGCAACUACGCUUCUCAUCGAAGCCUUUCAGGUUGCCCGAGGGCCAAGAAGAGCGGCAUCCGGAUAGCGCAGAGCAAGGAAGACAAAGAGGACCAGGAGCCCAUCAGGUGCCCAGUCCCCGGGUGUGACGGCCAGGGCCACAUAACCGGGAAGUACGCCUCGCACCGCAGUGCGUCCGGCUGCCCGUUGGCAGCCAAGCGGCAGAAGGAGGGGUACCUCAAUGGCUCCCAGUUCUCCUGGAAGUCAGUCAAGACGGAGGGCAUGUCGUGCCCCACACCAGGAUGCGACGGGUCGGGCCACGUCAGCGGCAGCUUCCUCACGCACCGCAGCCUGUCAGGAUGUCCGCGCGCCACGUCAGCAAUGAAGAAGGCGAAGCUGUCGGGAGAGCAGAUGCUGACCAUCAGACAGCGGGCCAGCAACGGCAUAGAAAACGAUGAAGAAAUCAAACAGUUAGACGAGGAAAUCAAGGAGCUAAAUGAAUCCAAUUCCCAGAUGGAAGCCGAUAUGAUCAAGCUCAGAACUCAGAUCACCACCAUGGAGAGCAACCUGAGGACCAUCGAGGAGGAGAACAAGGUGAUCGAGCAGCAGAACGAGUCCCUCCUGCACGAGCUGGCCAGCCUGAGCCAGUCCCUCAUCCACAGCCUCGCCAACAUCCAGCUGCCGCACAUGGAGGAUGGUGUAUGGUGGGGGCAAUAAAUGAGGUUUUUUGCAUUCCAAGGAAAUGGCAUAUGGAUUAACUGUAAGAAAUGAGAUAAGUGAUUUAUUGUAAGACAACAUCAAGCCAUGGAAACUUGGCAGAAGAUUCAAAGCAGCUUAAACAGCACUUUUAAAUUAACUCCUGAGCAUUACAUGGUAUGACUAUGGGAGCAUCAGUUGAGACAGGGGCUUGUGAAGGUGGACGACGUGGAGAUUUCCUUUUCCAUUUCAGCAAACUUUGGAACAACCUUCUCUUAUCUCCCCAAGAGUUUCACAUCCCUCUGGACUGUUAUUGCAGUGUGGUUUAUCUAACAGAUUCUGUGGUUUUAAUUUAAGCGCAAAGAUAAUUUAAGAGUAUUUAUUUCCCCCUUCCACUUCUAAACAUUACUGUCAUGUUGUCGUUACUCUUACAUCUCGGGGGUGACAGCAGAUGGUACGAGGGUCUUCGAGUUACUGGACUGAGUCUUCUGCUGAACUGGGGGAGGCCGCUGAGCCGCAUCGCUCCCCGCCCCCACCCCAGCCUCGGCCUGAAUAAGCAUUCGGUCCUGUUCAGAGCAUCUCAGAACGUGUCACGCCUUCCCUGGAGACCAGCUGACCACAGGGCAUUUGCAUCCCCUCGUUGUUUGAUUUGUCGUGACCUAUUCUGAGAAUGGAUGCAAUCAGAUUUUAGGAGUAAUUACUUAUACUUCAGCACUUUUUGCUUUACUCUAGAUCAUAUUAGACUUGUUUAUACCUUGGAGAUUUGAUCGUUUCACUCCAACGACUGCACUAAUGUAUGCAUAAGACCACUUUGACCACUGCGUUCUCCCCUCCCGCGUGGUCCCUAGGAUGACGUGUUGUGUUUUCUGAUGUUGACUUGAUUUACAUGUGACGGCAUCUCUUCCUUCCAUGUCUUGAUGUUAUGCAGGAAGUACAGAAGUACUUUAAAAUUUUGUUAUGAAAAAAAAAAAAAGAUGGGUUUUGUAAAAAUAAAAAUAAUAUUUUUAGCAGAACAGGACUUACAGGGUCAUUGUCCCCACAACGUGCCAGUCGACUAUUUGCACUACCUUGUUCUAUAUAUCCGCACGGAGGUGUGCAAUUCCUGGUGUCAGCCGCCUUGGACGCUGACCCUGGAGGAGAGAGGCCCUCACGGCUGACCCGAUGAUGUCGCUGUGGGAGACUACAGGGGCCCCACAGCAAAUAUUCUGAUACAAUACUCAACCUCGGUAUAUAUAUGUAUAAAGAUAUGUAUAUCCCAGUGGCACUUUAUACUGCUCACUGUACAAAAGCUUACAGUUUUCCACGAGGACUUUAAUACCUAGCUGGAGAAAGACGAUGUCAUCACAGGGGCUCUGCCGCACCUUCUCCGGAGAGCGCCCUCUUUCUGUCGUGCGUUGAGCUGUAGCGGCCGUGCUCAGAAUUGCCUUUUGAGAGCUGCAGCAAGGUGCUUCCCGUCACCUGAUGCCAUAUAUACUGUCCCGGGCCCCAGCUCCUCACAGGCCCCGUCGUUCACACUGGCAUAUGCAUCUCCCCGCCGCGUCGUGUCUGCUGCUGCUUUACCAAUAUAGUGAUGCUUUUAGUAGAGUAAUAGUAUCAGUUUUGUAAUCACCUACGUACAGUGGGAAGGGGUUUUAAGCACAAAUCUGCUGCUCAUCUAACGUUGGUACAUAAUAUCCGAUCAAAAGUUAUCUGUGACUAUUAUAUAGGGAUCACAAAAAGUGUCACAUAUUAGAAUGCUGACCUUUCAUAUGGAAUUAUUGUGAGUCAUCAGAGUUUAUUUAUUAUAACUUAUUGUUCAUAUUCAUUUCUAAGUUAAUUUAAGUAAUCAUUUAUGAAGACAGAAUUUUGUAUGAAUAUUUGCUGUGCUCUCUGUGGAACUGGAGUUUGAUUUAUUUUUGUACGACACGGCAUGGGUUUGUGGCCACUUUGAUUUUGCUAUAAAUGUGUGGAAUCACGAGUUGCAAUGAUACUUCAUUUUUAAAUUGUGGACUUUGUACAAACUCUGUCAUGCUGGAUGUUAACACAUCUUACUCUAAAUAAAAAAGGUGUUACCACAUUUG